AUGGAAACUCCUUACUCGAUCCCAAAAACCCAAGUGGCUGUCAAGCAGGGAGAAGGAGGCCGUCUGCAAGUAACAAAGGACGCUGCUGUUCCGGAACUCGCCAAUGGCCGUAUACUCGUCAGGGUGAGGGCAGUGGCUCUGAAUCCAACCGACUACAAACUGCCAUUAAAUUUCCCCAGUCCGGGCGCCACCGCCGGCACCGACUUCAGCGGAACAGUCGUUGCUCUCGGGCCAGGCAUCGAUCCAGCCAAAUCAAGGAUCAAAAUCACAGAUCGGGUCUGUGGCAACGUAUUUGGCUCGAACCCAGCAGAUCAUGCGACGGGUGGUUUCGCGGAGUACGUCAGCGCCCACGUCGAUUUGGUCGCUCGUAUUCCGGAUGAGAUGACGUGGGAGGAAGCGGCCGCAGUUGGCGGUGUGGGACACAGUACUGUUGCUUUGGCAUUGUGGACAUCAUGCAUUGCUCUCAACGGAACGCCGCAGAGGCCCUACGUCGGUGACGAUGCAGACCGUCACGCACUAGUCUACGGAGGUAGCACUGCCACCGGGACGAUGGCAAUACAGAUUCUCAGGCUUUCUGGCUAUCUCCCUAUCGCAAUCUGCUCACCUCAUAAUUUCCCUCUUGCUCAUUCAUUCGGAGCAGUUGCAACAUUCGACUACAAGUCGAAGACGUGCGGCCAGGAUAUCAGAGGCUACACCAGUAAUGAGCUGUGGUUAGUGCUUGACUGUAUCACUGACCACCUGUCGACCGAGGUUUCUUUUGCAGCACUGGGGCGUGCGGGUGGGCGCUGUGUCCAUCUGGAGCAUUUGGAUGACGAGGGUCGGGCAAUCGCGGACAAGAGGAAGGCCGUCAAGACAGAAUUCCUUAUGCAGUAUCAAGCAUUUGGCGAGCCAAUCAGACUGUCUGAAAGCUAUGAGCUGGAGAUUAGGCCAGACAGGCGGGAGUUUGCUUGCAGAUGGGCAUGA